UCUUACUGCCUGUGGAAUCAGGAUCUCUGUAUCUCAACCAUGGCUCCCCACAUUACAAUGAGUGACUCUCUUCAGAGCUUCCAGACCAAACCAGACAAGAAGAACAGAGAUUCCAGUGAGAUGAGAAAGGUAAACUCAGACCUAUACUAAGGAUCUCUUUCCAUUGUGUGCCAUUAGUGUGCAUGAGAUAUACCAAUCUAAAAUCAUGGGAUAUUAACAAGAAUUCUUCUUUAUUUUUCAGACUCUUAAACCUCUCAUGGAGAAACGGAGGAGAGCUAGAAUUAACGAAAGUCUCAACCAACUGAAAACUCUGAUCCUGCCUUUAAUUGGAAAAGAUGUAAGUGUCUUAUUUAAUCGUUAUAUUAUUAAAUAAUAUGAUAUAUAAACCCUGCUAUAGAAGAGGAUUUGGAGGAAAUAUUGUUAUAGAUGUAUACAAUAAUUAAUUACAUUAUCGUGCUUAACGAAGUGUUAUAGCAAUAUAAAAGCUAAUAGAUUGGAUAGUUCAGUUAAAAAAAUAUAUAUUUUAUUUUGUAUUCUUCAUUUAGAAUAGUUUGAAAUGCACUGAUUUAGUGAGAUUGAAGACAUGAUGGGCUGUUAAAAUAAAAUAUAUGACAUUCUUGAUUGACAUGUAUUGGGUGUUAAUUUAGUUUCCAUGGGUGUAUCAGUGUAAAUAUGAUUCGUUGAGAAAAAGGCUGACAAUUCGAAUAUUUUAUUAACCAUGUGCAUUGUCUUUAAUUUUUUCAGAAUUCCAAAUACUCCAAGUUGGAGAAGGCUGAUAUAUUGGAAAUGACUGUGAGAUUUCUGAAGGAUAUCCACCCAGCACAGGCACAAAGUAAGUAGAUUUAUUCAUGCCUUGGCACCCAGACUGUUAAAAUCCCUCUCCCUCUGUUAAUUGCUCACCUUUUAGAAAUAUUGCACAGAAUUCAUAGUCUAUAAAGCCUUGGUUUAACCCCACUCUCCCCUGUCUGCCUUGCUUUGAUACUCUGCUACUUAUUUAGAUGUGUCAUUUAACCUCUUGUUCUUAUUUUCCAGAAUCUGCAGAACGAUACAAAGAAGGAUAUCGAGCCUGCAUAGAUCGCCUGGGCGAUAUCCUUAGUAAAUCCAGCGUAUUGAAUGCAGAGACCAGCAGCCGGCUCCUGGAUCACCUACAAAGGAGUCCAGAUCUGUGCUGCAGAGACUGCAACAAGUCGCCCAGUCCCAAGCACAGCAGCCCCAGAAUCGUGUUACAUCUCAGUCCCAGGACAGCUGAGCUCUACCCCCCAUCCCUUCUUCACCAGCCACCAAACCAGAGACAGGUCCAGAUCCCGAUCCCACCACAACCCACCAGCCACAACAUCUGGAGACCCUGGUGAUCAGUUAUCAGAAUGGACUUAUUAUCCUCCCCAGCACCCUGACUGUUACUAUGUAGCCAGAGAUUGACAUGAAUGCACAGUGCUCCUUGUCUACCAAGCAUGUUUUAUAAAUAUGUUACAUUGUAUCUUAUAGGUAGAGUGAACAGCACCUAAACAGUUAAAUCAAAGUAUUCAUUGUCGCCGAUGAGCCCAGGAACAAUAGAGCCAUUAAUAGCCAUUACAAGCAAUCCAACGUGCUUUUCCUAAACUAUGCCUUUAAUGUUAACUAUUUCGGUGCUGGGGCGAUGAUCCCAUUUGGAUAUUACGUGUUCAGUGGGAUUGUAAGCAAUAUAUUGCGACCAAUGUGUUAAUCCUGACAGGGAUUAAAUAAUCUAGGGUAAAAUAUGUGAACCCUGCUAAACCCAAAGGGUUUUUAGACAGUAUGCGAAUUGCAUUAAUUAAUUUAACCUUCUAGUUGCCGAAUCUGCAGCAAUUAAUUGAUACUUUACCUCACAGUUCUAGGAACAAAAGGGGUUAAAGGACAGGGCUAUGUGCAAUAUAUUUUCCCUUUUCUUUGUUUUCUGUAUAUAAAUUCUGUUUUGUUUUUGGUGGCACAUUUUGUGAAUUUUGAUACAAAUAUAUAUUUUAUAAAAUAAAUGUUUUACGUUACAAA